AGCGCACAACUGAACCCAAACUCCGACUACGUUGAGGCCAUUCGCCGCACAUUUGCCGUCUCUAUCCUCAGGUUUAUAAAGCCAUGGCUUUGGUCUGACUUCACGUUUUAUAAGAGCUCUUUGGGACGACUUCUACAGAAAAGACUUCAUAUAUUACACGGAUUCACAGAUUCUGUAAUCAAAGAGAGAAAGACUGAGAUUUUAGAUAAGAUUAAAGAUUAUGAAAAUACUUUUGACUCAAUUGGCGAUGCGAUCGAUGCGGCGAUGGAUAGUAUCGGCACUAAAAGGCGACUCGUAUUUCUCGAUAUACUCAUCAAUUAUCAUCUCAAACAUAGUGACCACAUGUCUGAGAGGGACGUGCGCUCACAUGUCGACACAUUUAUGUUUGGCGGACACGACACCACUGCCAGCUCUCUCAUGUUCACACUUAUGCUCAUUGGGCAGCACAUGGAUAUCCAGUCGCGAAUACAUCAGGAAUUGAACGAAAUAUUCUCGGAUGACAUGGAUCGCGACAUAACUGUCGAUGACUUAAGAAAAAUGAAAUUUCUAGACCAAUGUAUUCGUGAAUCCCUGCGCCUCUACCCUCCCAUUCAGAUCAUUGGCCGACAAAUUGAGAAAUCAUUUCAAUUGAAAUCUGGAUAUCAUAUACCAAAGGGGUCGACAUGCUAUAUACCGCUCAUAUGUUUGCACAGAGACCCGCAUUACUUUCCCAAACCAGAUGAGUUUGACCCGACCCGGUAUGACAGCGAUUGUACGGCCAAUAGACACCCGUACGCUAACAUACCCUUUAGUGCCGGCCCUCGCAAUUGUAUCGGACAAAAGUUCGCUAUAUUGGAGGAAAAGGCGUUUUUGGCGCAAAUGUUUCGUAAAUACAGUAUUGAAUCACUGGUUGAUUGGGAUGACACCAAAAAAGUAGACUUUGGUUUGGGAGGCAUAUCCCUGACGGACGAGCGCUCGGAUGCCGUAUACUUCUCUCAGUCCCAUAUCAUAACUGGCGUCACAUUUCUUACCCGCAAACCAAAGCCUAGACUCAUAUUAACCCUAAUCAUCAAACCGUUUGAUGACUACGUUUGGACGUGGAUUGCAGUUUCAUUUAUAGUCAUAAUCGGCACCAUUUAUGUAUUCAAAUACAUAGACAUUGACCUCAAAUUCAAUUCAUCUGCUAUUAAGUGGGCGGUAGUGAGCGCUGCCCUCCGGCAACAGUGCGAUGUUGUCAUACCGUAUAAACUGAGACAAAAUUAA